AUGACUCCGGCUGGGAAGCUUUCUCUUACCCUGAUACCUCUCCUUGCAAUCAUUCUCGGCGUCGGCCACUGGUAUUUCGAUUGGAAGUUUAUGCCUCUCUGGAGAGGUAAUAAUUCUGCCUUUGAUAAUGGGCCGACAACAUUCCUGCUAUCAGAAGAUCCCUUGGUGGUGUAUAUAAAAAACUUUAUCACUCCGCAAGAAGCGUCUCAUCUGGUCCAGCUGGCCGAACCGCGCUUCAACCCCUCGGUCCUCUGGACUGAUGAAGGCAAAGUCCAUCGAGACUCGGCCUACCGAUCCUCCACGACAGCCAAGCUGCCUAAGGACGACAUCAUCAGAGAAAUCGAGGACCGCGCUCGCGCAUUUCCUUUUUACAAAGCUGUUGGCGAGUUCCAGCCUCUGGUUGUGCAGAACUACGGCAUUGCGGGGCAGUAUCGAGACCAUUACGACUGGUACGGCGACGCUGAUGCCGUGGGCGGCAACGUGGCAUCGACCUUCUUCGUGUACAUCCAUGCAAACUGCACCGGCGGAGGCACAAACUUCCCACGAUUGAGGCCACCGCCAGAGGAGGAAGAGUGGUGGUGCGAGUUUGUCGAUUGUGAUCGGCCUAUCGAUGAUGGUGUCACUUUCAAGCCGAUCCAAGGGAAUGCGGUGUAUUGGGAUAACCUGGGCGCAGACGGGCAGGGCAAUCUGCAGACCUUGCACGCUGGAAUGCCUGUGACCUCAGGGAAUAAGAUGGGGCUGAAUAUGUGGACCUGGCAGUCAGUCUAA